GUGGAAGCACUGCUGUCACACGGUUGUCUGGAAGAAGAAGAAGAGUUUUAAAGUAGAAUAAGACAGUUUUCUCAGUUUGUCUCCAUGAUGAUUUUACUUCGUAGAACGCAGCGGCCAUCUUGUCUGAUUACCUCUCUGUAAGAGUCCCAGUAGAAGGUCCACGAUGAGCUCCGAGGACGUGCUGCAGAACGCGUCGCGGCUGGCCUCUUACAAUGUGUUGCUGCAGGUGAUGUUCCGUGUGCUCACCUUCCUGCUGAACGCGUUCACCCUGCGCUUCGUGUCCAAAGAGCUGAUCGGGGUCGUUAAUGUCAGGCUGACACUGCUGUACUCCACAUUAGUGUUCCUGUCCAGAGAAGCCUUCAGGAGAGCAUGUCUGAGUGGAGGAUCAGGAACCAACCACAGCUGGAGACAAGUGAUCAACCUGCUGUGGCUGACGCUGCCGCUCGGUGUGCUGUGGGCGUCCCUGCUGGUCUGCGUGUGGCUCUGGCUCCUGGAGGUCCCAGAUCCCCAGAGCGUCCCGUACUACGGCCCUGCUGUGGUGCUGUUUGCCCUGUCAGGCGUGCAGGAGCUGCUGGCUGAGCCGCUCUGGGUCCUGGCUCAAGCUCACAUGUUUGUCCGCCUGAAGGUGGUCGCCGAGAGUUUGGCGAUGAUCGCUAAGUGCAGCGUAACCGUGGCGCUGGUGGUGUCGGCCCCUGAGUGGGGGCUUUACAUCUUCUCUGCUGCUCAUUUGGUGUACACAGGAUUCCUGGUGCUGUGCUAUGGUGUUUACUUUAUUCGUUUCCUGGGCUCUAAAGAAGCAGAGAAGAAGAGUUUUCCUUUGAGCUGUGUCGGAGAUCUCUUGCCCUGUAGAGCGGAGGGAGAGGCGCUGAUUGACUGGACUCUAGCCCGGCUCACAUGGAGCUUCUUCAAACAGUCCUUCCUGAAGCAGAUCCUGACGGAGGGCGAGCGCUACGUCAUGACAUUUUUAAACGUCCUCAGCUUCGGUGACCAGGGUGUUUAUGAUAUCGUCAACAAUCUGGGCUCCAUGGUGGCGCGCUUCAUCUUCUUGCCCAUAGAGGAAAGCUUCUACAUCUUCUUUGCCAAAGUGCUGGAGAGAGGUCGUGAUGUCAGAAGUCAGAAACAGGAAGACGUUGCCAUAGCAGCAGACGUCCUGGAGUGUCUGCUGAAGCUGGUGUUGGUGAUCGGUCUGAUUAUCACAGUGUUUGGCUACGCAUUCUCUCACUUGGCUCUGGACAUUUAUGGCGGCUCUCUGCUGAGCAGUGGAGCAGGGCCUACUUUGCUGCGGUGCUACAGCUCCUACGUCCUCCUGCUGGCUGUGAAUGGCAUAACAGAGUGUUUUGUAUUUGCUGCCAUGAGCCAAAAAGAGGUUGACAAGUACAACCUGGUGAUGCUGGCUCUGUCUGUGUCUUUCCUCCUCUUGUCCUACUGGCUGACCUGGUGGGCCGGCGCUGUUGGAUUCAUCCUUGCAAACUGCCUCAACAUGGGCCUCCGCAUUUUACACAGUGUGCUUUACAUACACCGCUACUUCCAGUCCAGUCAGUGGAAACCACUGCGAGGCCUCCUGCCCUCCCCACUCCUGCUGCUGGCGCUGGCAGUCAGUGGAGGUGUCACAGCAUUUUCUGAGAGUGUUUUCUGCUGUGACAGCGGCUGGUUACCGAGGAUGGUCCACAUUGGAGUUGGUGCAGUGAGUCUACUCUGCGUGAUUGUAGCUGUUCUUCUCACGGAGAGUCGGAUGAUUCAGUUUGUGAGGACUCAGCUGUUUCCCCAGUACAGAAAAAAACACUCGUAAACUUGACUGAAAAUGGAAGAAAAGGUCUGCACGGAUAAAAACAGCGGAUCAAAAGCUACUAACUGACAUUCACGGGUUGUGUGAAUGAAACCCAACCAGGAAACGGACCUCUUUGUGUGUGAGUGAGAUAUUUUCUCUGCAACAUUCCUGUGUCGUAUGAAGAAACCUGUUGUGAAUGAAUGUAUUUUAAUACAACUGAACCUGUGAAUUUGUUACAGGGAUAGUUUGUCCCAACAAACAUAACUGCUGAAUGUCUUUCAU